GCUCGCAUAGCAAAACGUGAGAGGAAGCUGGUGGAUUUUGACAGUGCCCGCCAUCACUUUGGCUCCUUACAGAAAGGCAAGAAGAAGGAUGAAGCUAAGAUCGCUAAGGCAGAGGAGGAGCUGGGCCGGGCUCAGAAAAUCUUUGAGGAGCUGAACGUGGAGCUACAGGAUGAGCUCCCGUCUCUGUGGGACAGUCGUGUUGGCGUUUAUGUUAGCACAUUCCAGAGCCUGGCAGGUCAUCAGGAGAAGUUCCACAGAGAAAUGAGCAAACUCAGCCAAAACCUGAACGACAUCAUGACCAAAAUGGAGGAGCAACGACAGCUGAAAAACGAUGCUACUGCAGCGUCAAAGAAAGGAGAUGGUGCAAAAAGUGAGGAAGCCAACCACAGUGAAUCAGCCGGCUCAGCUCCAAAGAAGCCUGGUCCUCCUCCCAGUCGGCCUCCGUCACGACCACCGCCAUCGCCGGACACAAAACAGCCAAAUGCCAGCCUGUUGGAGGAAGAAGCCUUGGGAACAGACACUGACACAAGCUGCACCAGAACAGCACCACAGGUCAGACUGAACCUGGACUGCCCACAUGUUAAACAGGCGCCAUCAUGGGACUCGUGGCAAGAGCAGGCCACUUCAGAGCAGGUACCCCAGCAUGAUGAGGACCUAGAAGAGACCCAGAGUGGUUGGAAUUACAAUGAAAGCUGCUCUCAGAGCUACAGUCAGCCCAGGACUGAGGACUGGAAUGAAGACCAGGGGUACACUACACCCAACUGGGACAAUGUUGAUGACGAGGAGGAGCUACAGGGUUUGGUGACCAAUGGCUCCAAUGGAGAACUUCCUCCAGGGUUCCUGUACAAGGUCAAAGCAACACACGAGUACACCGCCACAGACAACGAUGAGCUGGAGCUGAACAUUGGAGAUGUUGUUUUGGUUUUAGCUUUUGACAACCCAGAUGAGCAGGAUGAUGGCUGGCUCUUGGGUUUGAAGGAGUCCCAUUGGUUGCAGAAGAAAGAUAUUUCAGCCAAAGGUGUUUUCCCUGAAAACUUUACUCAAAAGGUUUGAUGUAAUUGCCACAUACAGACUCUCAGCUUUUUUUUUUCUCUGCUCCGUCACCUCAGUCCUGUUAUUUCAGCAUCCAUUUUUGUUGGACCCACUGAAAGGUGACAUCUCAUAAUGUAAAAUGGUGCCUGUUAGUGAAUAGUCAAAGUCAAAAGACAUAGAAAAACACAGACAUGGAGAAAAAAAGUCCACUAUUUCAGUUCUAGGGUUCCAAUAUUCCAACAAAUUGAAGAACCUCCUCAAGCAGCAAGAACUCUUGGUAGUGGUUUUAUGUUGGUCUGUAACUACGGCAUCACUACUGUGUCACUAGCUUGAAAGUGCAGUAAUGCUGAUUUGAGCGCAUUUAUCAAAAUGAACGACAAUAAUUUGAAGCGUUUGCAUUCGAAUCACACACACGUUCAGUAGUAUUCUGGCAAUCUCUCAACUCUGACAAACUGCUUGUCCGGCUGUUUCACAAAUCUUAUGGUUCCUCCAGAUGGCACUUUCCAAACUGAAGUUGUUCUGCCAUAUUGUUUUCCCAAUCAAACCAUCCUGCCAUUACCUUUAACCUGCAAGUGGAACUCGAAAUUGUGAAGUUGGACUUACGUCAGUUCCGAUUUGACAGCAUUCCAGUUUCCAGCUUGUCAGAAUGUCGGAAAAAAAGUGCUUCUAGGUAUGGCCGUUUUGUACCAAUUUGCCGACUCAAAACUACAACUUUAGGGGCUCUUCCAGUUGAUAAUUUUACCUCAGAAGCCUGAAAUUCCACCUGGAACCCUGUACCAGACCUGCAGAGUCUGAGAUAGAGUUAUUUCUAUGAGAUUUCUCUUCAGUUCAUCCCAAAGGUCCACUGUGAAUAAUAUUUUUCUGUGCAGAAUGAUGGACUCAAAUAGUUUUGAAAUGACCUUUGACCUUUCACAGACAGAUGGGCAACAGAGCCAUUGCAAAAGUCUUUCCCUCUUGGUGUUGUGUUAACGUACAACUGCGUACUGUAGAUGUUACAGAGGUGGUCCCACUGAGGAUUUUUUACAAUCAGGUAAAAAUCAGAUGACUUAAUUGUAACCUUAGAACUGAAAGACAGUGGACUCCCCCCACCCCCACCAUGGCUGUCCAUUUCUGUUUUGAUUUUUUUUUUUUUUUUUUUACUGUAGAGUUAAAAGCCCACAUUUUCAGAUGUUUUUUUUUUUGCAUCCAAGUCAACUUGUUUUUUUUUCUUUCUCCUUUUGAAAAUCCCCAAAUAGAGAAACAAAAGCCAAAACAGCACCAGAAUUUCCACAAGUAUAUAAAAAAUGAAGUUCAGGAACAAACUAACAAAGUACACCAAACUACAUCAAACCUGAUGCAUUUGAACAUAUUUUCUGCUGUAGUCUAGACUUGGCUAGACACUAACCUCAAUAAAGUGUUUUCAUAACAGUUCUUCAAAACCUUUUCCCCCAUCUGUAACAUUAAAAUGUAAAAUGCUGAACACUCUUUACAGGAGUAAAGUUUUCUACUAUUCAGAAAGAAAAGCCAUUAAUCUGACCAUUAAAGUUUGUGUCUAAACUCCAAAUAAGGACCCUGCAUUUCAAAACUUGACUUGAAUAAACUAAAAGUUUCCUGAUGAAA